GGAAAAAUUCAACGUAGGGUUGAUAUAAAAAGGAGCUUAAAAACUCUUUUCUCUCUGAGCAGUUGAAGAAUUUGAAUAUUAGCUCUCUACCCUAAAAAGUCUUAAACCCCAUUUUUCAUUUCCACCACACCCUCUCUUCCUACCUAAUACUUACACAUUCUCACCAAGUUUUCAAGCUUCCUCGUAUAUAUAUCUCCAUAGAAGAAACAUUUGAGGAGCAGAGCAAGUAUUUGAGUUUGAAUUCUUUUUCCCUUCAUCAACAGUGACAAUCAUGAGCACCAUAUGGAGAUCCAUCUUCUCUAGUUGUUAUGAGGGUGAGGGAUACUCACCCAAGUCCAAGAAAGUGGUGUCUACAAAGCCUAAUUCUUCUCCCAGGAUUUCUGUAAAUGAUUUGAGUUAUCCAAGCACGACUCUUACAGAGGAUCUUUCCAUUUCUCUAGCAGGAUCUAACCUGUAUGUUUUUUCACUUGCUGAACUCAAGAUUAUCACUCAGCACUUCUCCUCAAGUAAUUUUCUAGGAGAAGGUGGGUUCGGACCAGUGCAUAAGGGUUUCAUUGAUGACAAGCUUAGGCCUGGUCUAAAGGCUCAGCCUGUGGCUGUUAAGCUCUUGGACUUGGAUGGAUCACAGGGCCAUAAAGAGUGGUUGACUGAAGUUGUUUUUCUGGGGCAAUUAAGGCAUCCACACCUUGUGAAGCUUAUAGGAUAUUGCUGUGAAGAAGAACACAGGCUUUUGGUAUAUGAAUAUUUAACAAGAGGCAGCUUAGAGAAUCAGUUAUUUCGAAGAUAUUCAGCAUCACUAUCAUGGUCAACAAGAAUGAAAAUUGCUGUUGGAGCUGCAAAGGGUUUAGCCUUUCUUCAUGAAGCAGAGAAACCAGUCAUCUAUAGAGAUUUCAAAACUUCGAACAUCUUGUUAGACUCUGAUCACAACGCAAAACUCUCUGAUUUUGGGUUGGCAAAAGAUGGUCCUGAAGGUGAUGACACCCACGUUUCAACCCGAGUCAUGGGAACCCAAGGCUAUGCCGCCCCAGAAUAUGUCAUGACAGGUCACUUGACAGCAAUGAGUGAUGUGUAUAGCUUUGGAGUAGUGCUGUUGGAGCUUAUAACAGGAAGAAGGUCAGUGGACAAGAAUCGCCAUCCAAGGGAGCAUAAUCUAGUGGAAUGGGCAAGGCCAAUGUUAAAUGAUUCAAGAAAACUUAGCAGGAUAAUGGAUCCAAGGCUUGAAGGACAAUACUCUGAGAUGGGAACAAAAAAAGCAGCUGCAUUGGCUUAUCAAUGCCUUAGCCAUAGGCCAAGGAACAGGCCUACAAUGAGCACAGUGGUUAAGACUCUUGAACCACUCAAAGAUUUUGAUGAUAUUCCAAUUGGACCAUUUGUUUACACAGUUCCAACUGAUAAUAAUGAAGUGCAUAAAGAUGCAAAGGAAUAUGAAUCACCAAAGGAGAGGAAGAGGGAAAAUGGUGGUCACCAUCACCCGAAUCACCAUCUCAAAAAUGGCCGCAGGCAUCCACUAAAAUCCCCCAAGACACGUUCAUCACAGUCACAGUCUCAUUCGCAGAAUGAAAAACACCAAAAUGGAAGAAGAAGUGAGUCAAACUCUCCUCCAUCAAAUCAGCUAAGGCAAGGAAGAAUAGCUUAAUAGGACACAUAAAUCAUAGUGUACAUAGAUAUUUGCUGAAAAAUGCUUAGUUUUAUGUAGUGUACCAACUACAAGGCUAAGUGUAAUGAGCUAUCAAGCCAAGAAAAAACAGACAAAGACAAAAGGAAAAAAAGGAGAGAGAGAGAGAGAGAGAAUGAGUUUGCAAGGGUAGUGGUCCUUGGAUGAAAAACCAGCUUGAGUUAAUUU